AUGACCACUCAACCCACCAACCAUCCAAAGUCUGUUUACGACUUUACUGUCAAGGAUGCUAAAGGCGAUGAUGUGGAUCUUGCCACUUAUAAGGGCAAAGUCUUGCUCAUUGUUAAUGUUGCUUCUAAAUGUGGCAUGACCAACUCAAAUUAUGUGGAGUUGAAUCAACUAUAUAAGGAGUACAAAGACAAAGGGCUGGAGAUUCUGGCAUUUCCAUGUAAUCAAUUUGGGGAGGAAGAACCCGGCCGCAAUGAUCAAAUUAAGGAGUUUGUCUGCACUCGCUUUAAAUCUGAAUUUCCCAUCUUUAAUAAGAUUGAAGUGAACGGAGACGAUUCUGCUCCUUUGUACAAAUUCUUAAAGUCAGCUAAGUGGGGGAUUUUUGGGGAUGAUAUUCAGUGGAACUUUGCCAAGUUUCUGGUUGACAAGGACGGGCAAGUGACAGAUCGCUAUUAUCCCACCACAUCUCCUCUUAGCCUUGAGCGAGAUAUCCGUAAGUUAGUUGGUAUUGUAUGA